UCGGCCAGCGAGCGGCGAGUACCCAGUGUUGGGCUGUCUGUCUCUGUCCCUGCCCCUCUCCUUUUCUCCCCCGGAUCUUUCUACUUGUUUUCCCGUCGGGGAUUAUUAAUGUUUCCUCUUUUUUCUUUCUUUCCCCCCGUGUUUUUCUCAUGCGUCUUUUGCUCCUCUCGGUAAUAUAAUUUUCCAUCCUCGCUUCGCCUCCAGUUUCCAGCUGACUCAAUCCCGGCCAAACCGAUCAUGUAUUCAGCAGCCGAGCCCGAUCCAUCUUCCUCAACACCACCAGUACAGACACUGACAACCUUCAAACCUCCUGCAAGACCUGAUUUUGGCAGUAUGGGUCGACCAAUAAAGCUUCAGGCCAAUUUCUUUGAGGUGGACAUUCCAAAAAUCGAAAUCUAUCAUUAUGAUAUAGAUAUAAAGCCUGACAAAUGCCCAAGAAGAGUAAACAGGGAAAUUGUGGAACACAUGGUUCAGCAUUUUAAAAAUCAGAUCUUUGGUGAUAGAAAACCAGUGUUUGACGGAAGAAAGAAUCUCUACACUGCUAUGCCUCUUCCAAUAGGGAGAGAUAGGGUGGAGCUAGAAGUGACUUUACCAGGUGAAGGAAAGGAUAGAAUUUUUAAGGUGGUGAUAAAGUGGGUGGCAUGUGUCAGCCUCCAAGCCUUGCAUGAUGCACUUUCAGGUCGACUCCCAGCAAUUCCUUUUGAAUCUAUUCAAGCACUAGAUGUAGUGAUGAGACAUCUGCCGUCCAUGAGGUACACUCCAGUAGGCCGUUCAUUCUUCACACCAUCAGAGGGAUGCUCCAAUCCAUUGGGUGGGGGAAGGGAAGUCUGGUUUGGAUUUCAUCAGUCAGUCAGGCCGUCAUUAUGGAAAAUGAUGCUUAAUAUCGAUGUGUCUGCUACAGCAUUUUACAAGGCACAGCCUGUGAUUGAAUUCAUGUGUGAAGUUUUGGAUUUUAAAAAUAUUGAAGAACAGCAGAAGCCAUUAACUGACUCCCAGAGAGUAAAAUUCACCAAGGAAAUAAAAGGACUUAAGGUGGAAAUAACUCAUUGUGGACAAAUGAAGAGAAAGUAUCGAGUAUGCAAUGUUACUAGAAGGCCUGCAAGUCAUCAAACAUUCCCUCUUCAACAGGAGAACGGGCAGACUGUUGAAUGCACAGUAGCACAAUAUUUCAAGGAUAAGCACAAACUAAAUCUACGCUAUCCUCAUUUACCGUGUCUACAAGUUGGACAGGAACAAAAACACACUUAUCUUCCCCUUGAGGUGUGUAAUAUUGUAGCUGGACAGAGAUGUAUAAAAAAGCUGACAGACAAUCAAACCUCGACUAUGAUUAGAGCCACUGCUAGAUCUGCACCAGACAGACAAGAUGAGAUCAGUAAACUGAUGAAAAGUGCUAGUUUUAAUGCUGAUCCAUAUGUUCGGGAAUUUGGAAUAGGAGUGAGAGAUGACAUGACAGAUGUUCCAGGUCGAGUUCUUCAGGCACCUUCCUUGUUGUAUGGUGGUCGGAACAAGACUAUUGCUACUCCCAUUCAAGGUGUAUGGGAUAUGCGAGGUAAACAAUUUCAUACAGGCAUUGAAGUCAAAGUGUGGGCCAUUGCCUGUUUCGCUCCACAGAGGCAGUGCAGAGAAGACACACUCAAAGCUUUCACAGAUCAAUUAAGGAAGAUAUCUAGAGAUGCUGGCAUGCCGAUACAAGGUCAACCUUGUUUUUGUAAAUAUGCACAAGGUGCAGACAGUGUUGAACCAAUGUUCAGGCAUCUGAAAAAUACCUAUGCAGGACUUCAGCUGGUGGUGGUAGUGCUUCCUGGGAAAACUCCAGUGUAUGCGGAGGUUAAGCGUGUGGGUGAUACGUUACUCGGCAUGGCAACUCAGUGUGUGCAGGUUAAAAAUGUGCUGAAAACCUCUCCGCAAACACUUUCCAACCUUUGCCUGAAGAUCAAUGUAAAGCUGGGAGGUGUCAACAACAUAUUGGUGCCACAAGGAAGGCCAGCAGUCUUUCAGCAGCCAGUUAUAUUUUUGGGUGCAGAUGUAACACACCCACCAGCUGGUGAUGGGAAGAAGCCUUCUAUUGCUGCGGUUGUAGGUAGCAUGGAUGCUCAUCCAAGUCGCUAUUGUGCCACAGUACGUGUUCAACAACAUCGACAGGAGAUUAUACAGGACCUUGCUAUCAUGGUCAGAGAACUCCUCAUUCAGUUUUACAAAUCUACCCGUUUCAAGCCUACACGUAUCAUAUUUUACAGAGAUGGUGUUUCAGAAGGGCAGUUUCAGCAGGUGCUUCACCAUGAGUUGCUAGCCAUUCGUGAGGCAUGUAUAAAGCUGGAAAAGGACUACCAGCCUGGCAUUACUUUCAUUGUGGUUCAGAAACGACAUCAUACCAGACUGUUCUGUACUGACAAGAAUGAAAGGGUUGGUAAAAGUGGCAAUAUUCCAGCAGGCACAACAGUGGACACAAAGAUAACGCAUCCUUCAGAAUUUGACUUUUACCUGUGUAGUCAUGCUGGUAUUCAGGGAACCAGCCGACCAUCUCACUACCAUGUACUAUGGGAUGAUAAUCGUUUCAAUGCUGAUGAACUUCAAAUUCUUACAUAUCAACUUUGCCACACUUAUGUGCGAUGCACACGGUCAGUUUCUAUCCCAGCACCAGCCUAUUAUGCUCACUUAGUUGCUUUUCGUGCCAGGUAUCAUUUGGUGGACAAGGAACAUGAUAGUGCUGAAGGAAGUCACACAUCUGGUCAGAGUAAUGGUAGAGAUCAGCAAGCUCUAGCUAAAGCUGUGCAGGUUCACCAGGACACACUGCGCACUAUGUAUUUUGCUUGACAGGUGACUUUGGUUGGAAUGUCUGAAGAGUUGGGCAAAGACAAGACUAGCUGCACUUCACCAGCAACGUAGUGAAGAAUGGUUUGCUAUUUAUGUUGCUGUGUACAAUGCCAUACUCAUUCAACCUCCUUCAAUUAUGAGGUUCUGUGUUACACAGUAGUGUGUAAAUCACACCACCUGUAAUGUUUUCCUUCUGAAGAGCAAAAGCAUGAAUAUUUGGAGGUUUGUGAUAAUCAUAUCAGCACAUAUCUCCACUAAUGCAAUCUAAGUAUAUGCAGCCUAUUGGACUUGAACCUGGUAGAAAACCUUUUGAAGGAGAUGCUUGUGGAUGCAUCAAAGUCUGCAUUUGUAACUGCAUAUUUGAUUGAGAUUUGUUUAAAGUGAUGUAAGAGUUUAGAGGAUGGUGUGACUCUCUAAAGACAUAUCCCAUUUGUUGGCUUCAAAUGGCAGAAUUUUGAGUUUCAAAAUUGUACAUUAAUGGCAUUCCUUUUAUUAGAUCUGGAGUUUUAUCCAGUCAAUUCAGAUAAGACUACUGUAAUACAGUACUGUGAAAUAUGGCAAUCUUAAGUCAGAAUGGGGGAAAAGGUCUUUUAACACUGAAAAUAAAUUUAUGAACAGAGGUUUUUUUUUCAUUUUAGCACAAACAGUAUAUUGUGCAGCUCUGACUUUCUCAGCAGAUUGCCACCAGAAGGCAUGCAGACUUUUUAAGGUGUGUUCAGUAGAAAUAUUGUGUAUUUGAAGCAAUUAAUCUUUGGAGACAAUCUAUAAAACAUUAACUAGACCAGAUGGGCACUAUUUUAUAUAUUGAGCUAAAGUCUCUUGAUAUUUUUGUAGGAUGCUGCAGUUAAUUAAUUCUCAACUCUUGAUACAGUAAUGCUUAUGAUACAAAUUGAGUAUUUUUAUGCUAUGGUUGGUUUGCCAUGACUGUGGCCUGCUGCCAAAUUGGACAUAGGGAUUGCCAUGCCAAUUGCUUCACCUAUUUCAGUUCAAUGAUUACAGGGCAUAUGAGAACUAUUAAAAAUGUAAACGUUGAGAAUGAAGUAAAUUUCUGAACUACCUCGCGGUUGCCCUCAUGUCAGCAAAAACAGAAUGUGCACACACCACAGUCAUAUUAGAAAAGCAGCUCUAAGAUGGUGCUAGGUUUUUGCUAAGAGACAUUUCUUUUAAUAGUGGUCAUCUAAUUUAGGCAAACUAUUUCUUGGGUAAACUUUGUCACAGAUUGAAGCCAAACAUUUCUGACUGAUUUUCUGAUAUCUUUUUGAUGGCCUAUAUGCACUUGUUAGGAGGCUAAAAACUUUUUUUAAACAUACCUCAAUUCUUCAGCAAAUUUUAAAUAUCAUAUGUGACUAGCAUAAAUUUCAGUGUUAGCAACCUAUUUAUAUGGCCAUAAGUGAAAACUAUAUUGCACAAUGAUCUCAUUUAGGCAAAACAUUUUCUUUUUGAAGUUAAUGUAACAAGUGUAGAUAGAAGCAACUGUGUUGUACAAGAGUUUUAGUAAGUUCAUAUUUCUAAACAGUAUAUGACUAUGGUACUCUAGAGUUGUCACAAGGCUGCAGUUCAUUACAAAAAUGGGAAUAUUUUUGCCAAGUAUUUUGAGGCAAAGAAUUUUCAAAAUUCUUCCAUUAUUGAAAUAUAUUUCUUGAUGUACUGAUAAAAUAUCCUUAGUAAUUCUGAAAAGAUUAGAGAUAAUAAAAGAACCCAGUAAAUUUUACACUUUUAUUUUUAAAGUAGUGAGCCUGCAGAGUAAUUAUGAAAAUCUGAGCACGUUCACAUUUAUGCUUAUGAUAUUUCCUUAGUCCUGACACUAAAGCAUUCAAGUUGUAGCUUGAAAGACUCAAGUUCAAGCCUGAGUUCUAACUGACCUUUCCACUUCGAUUUCCUGUAUUAUGCAGGUUUUGACAGUUCCAGAGGGAAUGUUUUCUGGGAGUGGAAACUUUCCAGAAAGCUCAGAUAUGUUCAUCUAUUGUGUUAGCCAACAAGAGGUUGAUCGGUGUAUUUUCAAAUAUAUGGGGUUAAUAAUCUCAAAAUUAAGAUAUAAAAAUAUGACUAAUGAAUAGCAACAGCAAUGUGAAUUCUCAGGGCUUUAAAUACACUACAUAUUUUACAGUAAAAUAGACUAUUUCAAAAUUUAAAACAUUGGUCAAACUAAAUUAUAGAAAUGCAAUUAGGGAAUUAGGGCAUGCAUGAAUGGCUAAAUUUAAGAAAUACUUUAGCAUAAUAUAUGACAGUAUGUAAACAUUUUGCAUUCGUUUUAAGGAUAUAGUAUAAUCUCAGACUUGACACCCUCAGCAGUUCUUACCAAAGGUAUAUCUUAGUUAUUUGAACUGCUUGGGUUUUUUUAUAAUUGAGCUACCACAAGAAGGUAAAGUUUGAAGAGAUCUGUAAUAACAAAGUUCCAUUUUAUUUAGAAAUGCAAUCAUUACAUUCAGUGCUGUUUUCUUUUAGGGCAUGUCACAUAGCACUUACUGAAACUGGUUAUUUCUGAUCAAACUCAGUUGUUUUAAGUAAUAUAAAUUCAAAAUAAAAUUGGUAAACAAAUGUGUACAGCUUUAGAGAUUUUGGAAGAUAUAUUGCCAUAAAGUUUUUUUUUCCUAUUCUUGCAGUAGCCAUUGACUAUGAUGGGCUAUUGUUUUGGAACUGGACAAUCCUGAGAUCUGUAACUCUGCUCCUGUUUCCAGGACAGAUUUUAGUUAUUAAAGUGUCCUUAGCUAUAAAGCAAUCUCUAACCAGCACUAUUGAAAAGUUUACAUCUUGCUUCAAAGUUAUGGGUGCUACUGUGAACUGGCCCCUGCAUUCUGUUUAUGCAUUGCAUACUGACAGUGAUAUUUAUAGUAAAUCAAAGAAAACAGAUCAUUAUUAGAAUGCAGAUGUUAUGAUCUGUGCAAACAACAGCUCUUUGUGAGAAUUUAUUGCAGUCACUGCCAUUUGAGAAACAAUUGAUGCUGCAAUUGGGUGAUGUAAUCUGCCUUAUAAAUUACUGCCAUUGGUGGCCAACAUUAAUUUUUGGGAUAGUAAUUCUAAUCUAUAAAAUUGUAGAUAAAGAGCUAGAUUGUAAAAUCGUUUAGAAUUUUAAGCAUGUAGCAGAAUUCAACAUUGAAUGAUUAGCAUUUUCUAUUGUAAAUGUCAUUGUGUGUAAUUAAAAUAUUAGUGCUUAUAAUUUUGUAACCUUCAAUGUAAACAAUUUGUGUAAAAUUUAAAGGACAACAAAAGUUUGUUUUUAGCUGAGACUUGCUUAAUUGUUUUGCCAUAUCUUUGCAGUGGCAUUUAAAAAUCAUAAUGACCUGAGGUGUAUAAAAUGGGUUUCUGAAAAUUGAGUUGCAAUCUUUGUAAGCAUAAAAUACUGUUUCCUUUUGAGAGUCUUUGUAUUAAAGACUAUCUAGCCUAUGUGGCCUUUAUAUGUAAAAAAAAGAAUCAGAUCACAUAAAUCCUGGCCAGAUAUGUAUGUUGAAACUAUUUUUUAAAAAUUUCAAUUCUAACUUAAUGGCUCCACUUCAUGGCAUAAAUACAACUUGCAGCACAGAUCAAGCAAUGUGUAAUACACAAUCGUGCACUUUCUACAAACCUUUACGUUGGUCAGCGGUGCUAAAAAUAAGCUGGGUCUUGUAUAGUUUUGAUUUUUUUUUCAUUUUUAUCUACCAAAAGAACAUAUAAAAGAAGUGCAUAAAGAUGGAAGCAAGUAGAUGUCCCCUUCCUCUACAUAAAAUGUCAGUUAUUUAUGACCAAAACACAGUGAUCACUCACAAGGCAUUAGAAAUUCAAGUCUGCUAUUUAAACAUGUUUUUUUGCAGUUUUAGAUUAUAGUCCUUAGGUUAAUAAGUAUUAACCUAAAGAUUUUAUCUAAAAUUAUGUUUGCAUUUUAACUUUCUAAGUGGUGAAAUAGCAGUUGAAUUGUAUUUGUAGCUAUUUGUCUUACCCAGACUUCAUGACUCUGAUCCAGUAUUGGACUCGAUGCUUCAGUGAGGAAUUAUUCAAUGCACAUUUCAUUAUAUUAAUAUAAACACAUUUACUGUCAUCCAUGCCUAAAUGACCUCCAGUAAUAAUUUGGGCUCAACUUAAAGCAUACUAUGCUUUGGAAUGAUAAGAAAUUAUUAACUAAAUGUAGGGAGAUGCAGGAACCCCAGUGACUGGAUCUUGGGACACAUUCCAUAGUCCCAAGGCUCUGUUGUGCAAACUGUAUAGAUCUUUAUGUUAAUAAUUAGAAUUAAUAGGACUAUCAUUUGAUAUUGCUGCCAUUUGUAUUAUGAUAGAUUAUUUUAUUGUAUUCUCUCCCUCCACCCCCAUUGCCAUUUGAGAAGUUCGUGGUCUUGCAGAAAGGUCCUAAUCUUGCCCUUUCUGCUUUGUUCAGAACUGUGGUGCUGCCAAUUAUUUUCAUUUGAGAGUUUUAAUAUUAGAUUUAUUGACCCAUUAUUUCCACCUUAAAGCUUUGAUCAUAUGUUGAUGCAAGACAGAUCAGAUUGUAGUAGCAGAGUUGUCAGCUGAAACCUGAUUCUUGAAAAAUAUUCGAUUUUUUUUUAAUUGAGCAAACUAUAUUAAGCAGCUUAUGUGUCAUUUGGCACUUUAAAAAAAAAAAUAAUGCAAAAAGCAUAUCUUCCAUGCUGCCACACAAAAUAUAAAAGGUGCUUUGGAAAUAACUGAAUUUUUAGAAAUAAUCUGACUUGUCAAUUGUCACCUGUUUGCCUCUGAUCAGAAUAAACUCAAUGGAAAACAACUGUAAGGCCACCUAAGAAAGUGAUGAUUCACAGACUUUUUCCAUUUGCCUCAGAGAUUACUUCGAGUUGAAGUAGUAAUUGUUGAUUUUUUUUUUGAAAUAGUUCCUGUGGGAGGUAAUGGUGAAUUGGUGCCACCAUGGCUGUUCAACUUUGUGUCUAGGUUGAGAGGACAUCCUUUUAUUUGGCCUGUAUUUUUUCCAGAAAUGUGAAUCCAAACUGUAUUUAAUAUUUGGGAAAUGGCUUUAAUAUUAGUUUGUUUCAGCACUGCACAAGAAGGGAACAAAAGAGAACUUGCAUUUUUUUGUCCAUUGUUAAGGCUGCUUUGCCUGUUCUUUUUGCUCCAAUAUUAGAGAAGCCUUUUCCAGCCAAACAUUUUAUUGCCAUGUGGUGAUACCGGUAUUUUGGAGAAAAAGGCACAGGAUCUGGCAGCUUGCUAAAACUCAACUUUUCCUUUUUUUUUCUUUUGUUCCCCUUCACCACAUUUUCCCACUCACAGAAAAAUCUGGACCUACCUCAAUAUCUCUGCUGUAUCAAUAACUCUGCUGCAUCCAUAAUAAUGAAAUGUAUAUCCUUGGUCCAAACUAUUACAAACCAAAACGAAAACUUUUAGUUUUAAAAAUUAAUUUUGAUUUGAUACAAAGUUAGGCAAACAGUUCUUUUUCCCUUCAAGUUUAUUAAUAGUGCUUUAUUUUGUUCUUUGUGCCUUGUGUAAUCAUCCCAUUGCGUGACAAAAUCUGCUGAAGGGGUUAAGUAGCAGUGUAUGACGUGUACAUAAACUGCUUAAGUGAACAAAAUACAUUGAAAACUUAAUAUAUUUUGAGAAAUUGUAAAACAUCGUUAUUUAUGCUGCAUUGAAUGAUCAGUAUUGUUGCACUUUCUCAGCAGUCACUUAUGCCAUAUGACAGCUGUUAACAAUAUAUUGCGGAUAAACGAGGUGAUCCUGGACAAUGACUUUAGAGGAAAGAAUGCUACUUGUAAAUCCUUAAGGCAAAAGGGGAUUUAAAAUAUUUUCGAGUACCUCAAAAGCCUGACAUAUGCUGCAUUGAUAAAAUUUUGAGUAUUCUUUGUUUUGCUGUUUUAUUUGAAUUGCACAAACUCAUCUACCUUCUGUAACUACUGCAAUUUAAGGUGUUGGCUUAUUUUUUAGGGCACUGGUAGAAUUGGGCACAAAGUGGACUUCCAAUUUUUUUUCCUUCGUGCUUUUAUGUUUUAGAAUAGGAGACGUUAGAUCAUAAUUGAAAAUUGUUUUCCAGAUCUGUUAACCAGCACAACUAAGGUUUGUUACUUAAUCUAGUGUUUGUGGUCCAUUUGCGCUUGAAUGAGCAGUUUACACUCCUAUAGCAAUGAAGAUUUGCAUUGCUUGCAGUUUGUUUUUACUAAUGUUCUGUAAAUAGGUUAAAAUUGUCCAUUCCUUUUUGGUCAAUAUUUUUAAUGAGCUGAAUAACUAUGCUGUAAACUGUUGACAAGAUAUGAUGUACAAGUAUCAUUAUAUAUGAAUUUGUGAAUAUAAAAUAUUAAAUUUUUGACUAGCAGUAUGGUAUGAACAUUUUAAUAAAUCUGUAUCUUUAA